AUUGUUUCAUUUUUCUUACAGAAAUAAGUGAGAAAUUUGUGGGGUGUGGAAAUUCCUACAAUCGAAAUGGGAUCAACCGAUGGAUCAAGCUUUUUUUCAUGGACAAAUUGGAUCCUGUUCCUGACCCUGGUCCUCACUGCUUCAGCUCAUGCCCCGUUUUUUCCGCACGUCGCCUAUGAGCAAUACAGCAACGUUUACCCUGGCCUUUACCCACAAUAUUAUCAAGCAGUCAGUCAAUAUCCUCAACAUCCUCAAGGAUACUUUCAAGCACAGUCACCGGCAAUCCCAUACUCUUACGCCUUUCCUGCUCACAAUCCUGCUGUAGUGGUGCCCGGAAUCGCACCAGCUGUUUACGCUCAAGACUUUGUCACCGGGGUUUAUGGGCCGCACGCUGGUUCCCCAGCAGAGGGUUUCGCAUUUCCGGUAUACCCUGUUGUGAACGUUGCACCGAAUGCUGAGAAGACGAGUGAAUCUGAGAAGCAGGAGACAGCACAGGCUGAUUAUGCUGAUAAGAUAGACAUUCGGGACUCGGUUUCUCAGGACAAAGCGAAAGUGAAUGAUGCGGUAGUUGACUUGAAAAACCCGUUGCCGGAAUUGGACAAGAAAGCGGAUUACGAGAAAACUCAUGCUGAUGCUGUGGCGAGUUUUAAGGCAGCCCGGGGCCAGAGAGCAAGAGCAAUUUUGGGAAUUGCCCCUGGAACUGCGGUUGGAGAAGCCUUCUUUUACCAAGCGUCAUCUAGCAGUGAAAUGGUGGUCAUUGUAACCGGCAAUGGAGCAGCUGCAGCUCAGGACAUCGUGAUAACCACUAAUGCACCAGGACCAGCUUGUGCAGCUGGUGGAGCAGUUUUUAAUCCCUCCAACAUCGCAAGUGGAGGAGUUCUGGCUGCCAACUCACCCUUGAAUGGUGCAGCGGGAGUCAACUUCGUGUCUCGAAGAAUUUCAUCAGCAACUGCCUCAUUGUAUGAUCCGAAUUCAAUUAUUGGGCGUGGAGUCUUAGUUGCAGCAACGAAUGCAAAUCCGGGAACCGGAGCUGCAAUUAUUUGCGGUCAAAUCGUCGCGAUCUUUUUUGCAUUAGCCAUCUCAGCAGCAUUCGCUCAUGGACAACACUUGAUACCAUUCGGGUAUCAACCGUCAGGCUUUCCUCAGCCCCUGUACCCGUACCCAGGGUUCCCUCAGAAUCACGUGCCGUUUUACGCCGUACCCACUUACGGAGUGCAAUUCGCCGCCCAGUACCCUUAUGUAGCAGAAUCGGCAAAGGAAACAAAGCAAGACGAACGCUUUGAUGCUCCAACUUUCAAAGCUGGUUUCACAUUUGAUGCGAAAGCUGACUUGCGGUCCACAUUGGGAGCCGGAACAGCCCAAGGCGAAGCGCAUUUCCUCCGUGACGUCAAGACGACGUCAACGACAGUCGCAGUCGUGUUCUCAUCCGCGGCGGCUCUCGCAGGACCGGUGACGAUAGCUGUCCUUAAUGGCGAGGAUUGUUCAGUAGCAGGAACUGCUCCGGAUUUCAAUCCUAGCGGGGUGCCCAACGGAGGACAACUGUCAUCUAGUGUCACACCGAUCCAAAAUACCGUGUAUUACUUGGAGAGAAAUAUUCCUGACGACGUGAUUUCUUUGGCUGGAACCAGGUCGGUUAUUGGAAAGCUGCUGGUUCUGCGGAAUGGAAACGUAGGUGUUCGAUCACUGCUGGUCCCUAAAACAUCAGACAUGCAGCAAGGAAGCAUGAGGAAUUUUCUGAUCGCAAUUUUGAUUGCAUCGUCCGUUUGCGUCAGUCAUGCGCAAUUUUUUGACGAUGAUCACGAAGACUCUGAGCAUUCGACCUCGUCGUUGGCGCCAGCAUCCCAGGGUCCACCACCGCCACCACCACCACCACCGCCGCCAGCGGCGCCACCAGCGGCUCCACCCAUGGAACCCACGGAGGCACCUCGGAGUUAUGAGGAUUCACAAACUUUUACGCAAAGAUUAUCCGUGGACUUGGAAAGAAUGCGAGAUGAUCUGAGCAAAUAUUUUGUCGGUACGAGGAACUUGGAAACGGAUACUGAAAGUCUGGACGCGGUGAAGAAGUACAUCAUCGACACUUUCCAGCAAAUCGGACUGAAACACAAAGUGCAAACUUUCGACACUGAAAUUCCGAUUUCAGAUGGCGUUAAAGGGGCUAACGUCAUUGCUGAGCUGAGAGGCAUCAAUUGGAACACUGCUGCCGACAAAUUGUAUGUUGUUGGAGCACAUUAUGACACAACAAAAACUUCUGAAGGUGUGAAUGACAACGGCUCCGGAGUCAUGGCAAUGCUAGAGAUUGCCAGAAUGUUGAAAACGCGAUCAAUCAACAACGACAACUGCAAGCACUUCCAUUCCGUCGUCUUCGUCGCUUUCGACAUUCAAAUUCGCGAGGAUACGAAUGCAGCAGCAGGUGGUGGAAUCACAGGGAGCCAGUAUUUCAUUAAAAGCUAUUUGGACCCAAUCCUCAAAAAACAUGGCAAAGAAAGCUUUGCUGGGGCGAUUAUUUUGGACUCGGUCAUGAAUUUCAACGACUCUGUCAACGCCCAAAGGCCGGAAGGCUUCAAAAAUUUUUUCCCAAGCGUCUACGAAACAAUUGUCAAAGACGAAAAACGUGGAAAUUCGAUGUUUCUUCUCAACUCCCCGGCUGAAGAUGACCUCGCAGACGAUGUACUGAAGUAUUGGAAUGAAGCUUCCGAGUUGGUCAGUGGAAAGGCGCCUCUGUAUAAGGCGUCCGUGGACGCCGAAAGUGCAUCUCAGGCGUCACCGGAAGGAUUGUUGCACUUCCUCAAACAAGACCACGUACCGUUUUGGCAAUUUUUCAGAACCACUGAAGAGCAUAUCCAUCUUCCUGCCAUUCUAUUGACUGAUUCAGGUGACUGGAGACAAGGUAACAUGAAAUGCUACCCCAACUCUCCAUACUGUUCGGCUGAAGAUUAUCUAACAGACAAACGGAUGAAUUUCCUGUCCAAAACGAUCAAAGCACUGGAAGCACUGCUGUCCGCUGGAGAUUGUGAAAUUACUUCAGGUGCUCAAGGAACAUCGCAAAUAAGCUCGGCAGCAAGCGUGAUUCUUGCUGUAGGAGUUUCAGCUCUAGCCCGUUUCAUGGGAAGGCUCUGAAGAGGAACAAAAAACCCUGAAUUUUUCUACCAUUUCAUCUUUUUUUUGUUGAAUUUUUUCUCAAUGUUCUCGGAGGACUUGGACUUCGAUUCCGUAACUGCUGAGUGAAGGGUGAGGCCAGAAAAAUGCUCUGGACUCUGGCAUUUGGAAGUGACUUAUAAAAUGACGGCAUGCUCUGACCUUUUA